GGCAGCAUCACCAAUAAAAAGCCCUCAGAGGUGGGCCCACUCGAGAGUUCAGCUGGAGGCCAGAAGAGAGACGAGCAGAGAAGAGGUGCUGACGAUGGCACAUCCCUUUAAAGAGAGAAUUUCCUGCCCUUUCUGCGCACGUUAUCUGGAAAUGCCUGUGUACUUGAAAUGUGGAUAUAUGUGCUGCCUCCAAUGCACUGACUCCCUAGAGAAAAAUCCAGAGGGGGAGGGCAUACUGUGCCCCAAUUGCUCUAUUGUCUCUUUGAAGGAAGACAUUCUACCUGCUGCCCAAAUGGAGCGCCUGACUACCAAGAUCAGAAGAUUAGAGCCGCUGCUGAAUUGUAUUCUAAAAAUGAACUCCAGAAUGAAGCUAUUUCAAGUGAAUAUGACCUUGGAUACGGACACAGCCCACAAGCACCUCAUCAUCUCUGAUGAUCUGAGGAGUGUCUACUGUGGGUCUAAGAAGCAGAACCGGAAAAAAUCUGCAGAGAGAUUCAAAAUCUCCACCUGCGUCCUGGGCUCCUCACGGUUCACUUCCGGCCGCCAUUACUGGGAGGUAGUGGUGGGAACCAGCAAAGAAUGGGAUAUAGGCGUUUGCAAAGAGUCAGUUAAUCGGAAAAAGCCAAUUAACCUGACGGAAAAACACGGAUUCUGGACUGUGGGUGUGAGAGAUGGAGAGGUCUAUGCUGCCUGCACUGAACCCUUGACCCAGCUCAUCGUGAACGCUCGGUUGCACAGGGUGGGGAUUUUCCUUGACCUAGUAAGGAAGAGCAUUUCCUUCUGGGACCUCAGCGAUGGGUCCCACAUCUUUACAUUCUUUCAAAUUCCUGACACGGAUCCACUUCGCCCAUUUUUUGCUCCAGCAAACUCGUAUCCAGAUGAUCAAGAAGAAGUCCUCACUAUCUGCCCUGUGUCGAAUCCAGGCAUUUUUAGGCGUCCAGUUAACCCCUAACAAGGAAAAUGACCCUCGAAUAUGAAAGCUCCUAUGGGAAAGUGCUGUCAACUCACAACCAUGGCUGAGAAUUGUUGUGUUUAGUACACACAGGGCACAAAGGCAUCAUGUAUUCAAAUUAGUUAGAGACAUUUUCAUCUUUUUAAUAUAAAGUAUCAUCAUGGUUGUUUGGUUUGGAAUUUGCUUAAAUUGCUGUUCCCAUUCAUAUAUUGUGAACUUUUAGAUGAACCUUGAAUGUUUUUCUUUUUAUUUGCUAUAACAAUAGUGUUGUGGAAUAAAUAAUUAAAAUUUUAGAUUUGACCAACCAA